CAUUUUGUGAUCAUUCAUUGCACAUCGUAAUCGUUUAAUAGAAAAGUAUUUAAUGUUAAAAUAUUUCAAUAAUUAAUUUAUUAUUAUUAAGUAUAAUUAGGUAACUAUGUUUUUCAAUUAAUAGUUCGUAAUUAUAGUGCGUUAUUAUGACUCAGUUCUUGCCACCCAAUUUAUUAGCGUUAUUCGCACCACGCGAUCCCAUCCCUUAUCUUCCACCUGCUGCAAAAUUACCCCAUGAAAAGAAAAACAGAGGAUAUGCAGGACUUGGACAAUUUUUGACAGAGUUUGAGGACCCAAAAGAAACUCCUCCACCAAAGAGAGUUGAAACUAGAGAAGAGAGACUUGAAAGAAGAAGGCGAGAAAGAGCAGAGCAAGUUGCAUAUAAAUUAGAACAAGAAAUUGCUGUUUGGGAUCCAAACUCUCAAGCAAACAUUACUGCAGAUCCGUUUAAAACACUAUUUGUAGCUAGAAUUAAUUAUGAUACUUCAGAAUCUAAGUUACGCAGGGAAUUUGAGGUUUAUGGACCUAUUAAAAAGAUUGUGCUAAUCCACAAUACAAUAAAUGGUAAACCCCGUGGGUAUGCAUUUAUAGAGUAUGAACAUGAAAGGGACAUGCACUCUGCUUAUAAACAUGCAGACGGUAAGAAAAUUGAUGGUCGUCGAGUUUUGGUGGACGUUGAAAGGGCUCGUACUGUUAAAGGGUGGCUACCGAGAAGAUUGGGGGGUGGUCUCGGUGGUACAAGACGAGGUGGACCGGACGUAAAUAUUAAACAUUCUGGGAGAGAAGAUAACGAAAGAGAGCGAGAACGAUAUAGAUUGGAACGGGAACGUGAGGAGAGGGACAGAGGUCGCGAGAGGGAUCGUUUUGGGGGAGCGGAAAGACGUCGAUCCCGGUCCCCCCGGGAACGUAGGCGAAGAAGCCGAAGCCGCUCAAGAGACAGGAAACGCAGAAGGAGCAGGGAAAGAGUAUCCAGAGAUGAGGUCGAAGAGGUCGUGGUCGACAGACGAGAAAGGGACAGGGAUCGCGAAAGAGAUCGUAAACGACGCCGCUCCAAGUCUAGAGAAAAGGACAGGGACAAGGAAAGGAAAAGAGAAAGGAAAGACCGUGAAAGAAGGGAAAGGGGUGGUGAACGACUGGAAUAUAUCAAAACGGACGACGGGGGUGAAAUCAGAAUUAAAGAAGAACCCAUUGAUGAUUAUCCUGACUACGCCCAAUAUAAUACUGCUGAGUAUGAUCAGUCUCGAGUUAAAUACGAGGACGAAGACGAAGAAAAAUACCACCCUGAAGAUGCUCAAAAUGGCAGUAACAAUCGUCAAUAUGAAGAAUACGAAGAAGGGGAAUCAUAUUAAUUAACUACUUUACCGUAGUUAGAUUACGAAUAUCCUCAAAUUAAUAGUUUAACUGUGAAGUAUGUAGAUUAUAAAUUGCUCGCUUUUU